GCACAGACACCUUUUGUGCAUCCUCUCAUUCUUCAUGUUUCUCCUCAACGGCGUGGCGCUGAUAGCUCUUCCUUCAUGAACCUACCCCUGGACGCACACCUCACACUCCCGUUUUCUAUUUGGCACACCCUUAUUCGUCUUGCUUCCUCCUUAGACAGCGAACUGACCCCAUCCAUCUCUUUACAUUCACUCAUCUCUCUUCAUUCUCACUCCCAUUCCCAUUCUCACUCUCACUCUCACUCUCACUUUCACUCUCACUCUCACUCUCACUCUCUUUCAACGGAGGAACCGAUUCAAGUCAUGAUCCUUUGAGUCCAUCCCCCUUCGUCAUUCUUCAUUUCUUCAUUUCUUCAUUUC